ACAUACUAGGAGGGCAACUACCACUCCUCAAAGGUCAAAGGCACUACUUAACCCAGACACCUAAGCUCUUCUGUUGAAAGAUGGAUUCAUCAGAGUUAGAGAAGUUACAGCUUGAAAUAAUAGGAGGAUUGUGUGCGCUGUCCAGAGCCAUUUUGGUGGAAUUACGUGACAAUCUCUUCAUCGCAGGCCCAGAAUUUGAGCAUGUCACUGGCAAGGGUCGUGCAGCACUCAUCACACUCAUUUCAAACCACAUCCAGAGAGCGGAGUUAGAGAAACUGGAGGACAAAGGUAUGUCUGACUUACUCCAUCUACAAGACACAAUUUCUGAGCUCCAGGUAGCUGAAAAGAAAGAUAAAUCAGGACAGAUAAAUGCCCAAGGAACACAAUUAACAGAGCAACAAAGAGAACGAAAUCAAGAAGAGGAAAGGCUAGUGAAAGAAAUUGAGGCUCUGCAGCUUCAGUUGACGACAACACAGGGGCACGGGAAAACAGAUGAUCAAGAAAAUAUAGAUAUCAACAACAAGGCUUCUAGCAGAACAUCUACACAGAGCGCAUCUCACUGUCAUCCACCUUGGCAUAAAGACUUUAAAAUAUCUGGUUAAAUUGGUGAGCCUGGACAGAAGGAGAGACUCACUUUUUCAAGUUUAGCUCGACAAAUCGAACAUGGCCUGAGCAAAGGAGUUCCAGAAUCUGAGAUUGUGGAUGCCGUGAUAAAAGCAAUCUCCCCUGGCAUGCAAAUUCGUAGCUACCUAGAGGGAAAAGCUAACUUGACCGUACCCACAUUAAGACGGAUACUUCGUUCUCAUUACCAGGAAAAGAGUGCAACCGAACUCUACAAACAGCUGACCUCAGAAGUUCAAGGCAUCAAAGAAACUCCGCAGAACUUCCUCAUUCGUGCUUUUGACCUCAGACAAAAGAUUUUGUUUGCCUCACAAGAAGCAGAGUCAGGCCUCAAAUAUGACCCAGGUUUAGUACAGAACAUGUUUCUUCACACUGUGUUAACUGGGCUACAAAAUGAUAACAUAAAACGUGACCUUCGACCAUACCUUGAACAAACUGACAUCUCUGAUGAACUGUUACUUGAGCGAAUGAACACAGCAUGUGCUUAUGAGACGGAGAGCCAAAAUAAAAGGAAGCUGUUGGGACAACAACGUCCUAUAAAUAUUCACUCAGCCCAGUCCAACACUGCUCCUGUUGAAAAGAAUGAAAAACCAUCAACUCAACAGAACUCAGGUAAAAUUCCCUCAACUGUAUUGACUCAGCUUGAAGAAAUGAGGUCUGAAAUGACUUUGCUGAAAGAUCUUAAAGUCGAAGUAUCCCAGAUAAGAGAGUCUAUGCAGCAGCCCCAGUACAUGUAUAGAGAUCAGCAGCCUCAAACAAGAGGAUUGGAUGGCACAUCAGCUCAGCAGUUCCCAGGUCAUCAGAUGCAAGAAUUGCCCCAGAGAUACUGGUACACGCCUGGCCCCGGACAGAGAGGUGAGACUGCACAGUAUCAGCAAAAGUUUGCCCCACAGCGCAGCUUCCCACCACAAAAUCAGAGACGUAUGAGGAGAUGUUUUAGCUGUCAACAGCGGGGAGCUGAGGACUACUGUACACACUGUUUCAGGUGCGGCAGCAGUGAGCAUUUCCUGGCUGGUUGUCGAGCUAGAGGACAAAGACAUGUUGGAGGUGACCCUUUAAACGGGGAAAGGUCGCUCGCGCGGGACAGGGAGUGACCAGUCAUACAGAGAGGUCCCAGCACUGUGCUCACUGUGGGAAAGAAGGUGAAGAGAUGAGACUGAAACAAUGUGCAUCAUGUAAAAAUGAACUCUACUGUUCUAAGUCAUGUCAAGUUAAUGGUUGGGCUGUGCACCAAGAAAAAUGUGUGCCAUUUUCAUGUAUGACUGUGAACACUCACUCAAAAGGAAGAAAACAAGCAAAAGUGGCUCCUCUGGUAGGAAAAAAAUAUGUGAUCGACUGUUACAUUCAACAUGAAAGAGUUCAAGCUUUGUGGGACUCAGGUUCCCAAGUAACAAUAAUGGAUGAACAAUGGAAACAAGAACACGUACCAGACUUGAGACUGAGAGACAUUUCUGAAAUUCUGGACAGUGCAGAUACUCUUGACAUUGUGGCAGCAAAUGGUGAGAAUAUACCAUAUGCAGGCUGGGUGAAGAUUACUUUCAGACUAGCUCCAGGAGAAGCAGUCACCACAGAAGUUAUAGUUCCAACACUUGUGAUGAAAGGUAACAAUCUGUUUCGUCCCAUAAUUGGCUCUAAUGUUAUCGAUCUCAUUAUAAACAGUGAAUCAAAACAGUCCAGCUCUAACAACAGAGAACGCCUCAGUCACGCAGUGAGGGCAGCAUUCCCUGAUCUCAAGCCAAACCAAGCAGAAGCCUUUGUACAGCAAGUAAGUGUUGAGCAAAAUCAUGAAUAUGUUGUGAAGACAAAAAAAGACAGGAUCAACAUACCAAAACACAUGUCUGUCAAAGUUGAGUGCCAUGUAAAUGUGUCUGCACCAGAUGAAGAUACAACACUUAUCUUUGAGCCAGAUGUGAACCCACGCUGGGCUGAGGGACUUCAAUUCUGUGACACGCUUGUAAAAGUGGGAAAAGGUAAUAAACCAUCUAUUACUGUUAGUGUACAGAAUCCUACAGACCAUGACAUAGUGCUGGCAGGAAGGACUGUGAUUGGGACUGUGCAGCAGAUUCAGGCAGUUUAUCCAGCUUCCAUGCUAGAGGGUUGCCGCCCUCCACCUCCAGCAACUAUGAAUCACAUCAGAGUUGAAAAGAAACACAGUAAUGACAAUUUAUGGGACCCACCUGUGAAUCUGAGCCACCUCAGCGAACCCGAGAAGGAGAUAGCUCACCAGAUGUUGAGAGAGGAGUCGGCUUCAUUCUCAAAAACAGAUGAUGAUAUCGGCUGCAUAGAGAAACUGCAACUCAGCAUAUCUCUGAAAGACACUGAACCUGUCGCAAAAACAUACCUCUCUGUACCUAAGCCACUUUACAGAGAGAUGAAAGAUUACUUGCAUGACCUCAUCGCACAAGGCUGGGUGGAGAAGUCAAACUCACCGUAUGCAUCACCAGUGGUUUGUGUACGAAAAAAAGAUGGAACUCUGCGGCUGUGUAUUGACUUCCGUGAAGUGAACAAGAAAACCCUUCCUGAUCGCCAACCGAUUCCCAGAGUGCAAGACAUCAUGGAUGGCCUAGGUGGAAAUUCCUGGUUCUCUCUCUUAGAUCAAGGUAAAGCUUACCAUCAGGGCUUCAUGGCUAAAGAAAGCAGACCUAUGACAGCUUUUGUGACACCUUGGGGUCUUUAUGAAUGGAUUCGAAUACCCUUUGGUUUGAUGAAUGCCCCAGCUGCCUUCCAGCGAUGUAUGGAAGAAUGUUUGGAAGGGCUGCGUGAUGAGAUCUUCAUACCAUACCUGGAUGACACGCUUGUCUUUAGCAAAUCAUUUGAGGACCAUGUUGAGGAUGUGAGAACAGUGUUACAGCGACUACGUCAGCAUGGGAUAAAGUUGAAACCAAGGGAUCCAGCCAGAGUCAGUGGAUGAGAUGGUGGUUCGGAAACCAAAAUUGAAGUUGGUGUCAAAUCAGGUGUAAAAUCCACCUUGUAUGCAGCAUAUUCAGCUAGACAGGCUUGUCACCUUUGAUGUCCAGGGGGCCUUGGUAGUUCGUCAACAGGCAGCAAACUGCCCAUAGUUGGUUGAUGGAGCCGGCCAAGGAGAGAGGAACAACCCCAUCCCAGAUAUGGUAUUCCUUGACACGUCGUAUUAUCCUCUCCACCAACACUCUCAGGCAGGCAAUAGCUUGAGUUUUUCCAGUGUCUGAUGUGCUGAGCUGAGGGGCGGUUUUUAGUGGGGGGAUGAUCAGUGAUGCCCCUACCUCUGCCAGCAUAUCCUCAAUUAAAAACCCUUUGUCAUUUAUUAUAAGACAUUUGUUUUCUAUUGAACCCCGUGAAGUCAUGGAGUCUGUGGACAGUGUCAG